AUGCUGCUGUCGCGGGCGGGCGGUGUGGCGGGCCGGGUCCCGCCGCCGCUGGCCGCCCUGUCCCAGGUGCUGCGGCUGGAGCAGAGCCGCCGCACCGGGAUCAUGUUCCCGCUGCAGAAGCUGGAGCGGUACCUGGCGCCCGGCACCGACACGGCGUGGUUCCACAUCUUCGAGCCCGGGCUGGGCGCCCUGCAGCGCGCCGAGGCGCUCUUCAGGUCCAGUCAGGGCCACCCCAUCGACUACGUGAGCUCCGCCGUCCGCAUGGACCACGCCCCGCCGCCCGCCCUGCCCGAGGUGUGCUUCAUUGGCCGAAGCAAUGUGGGGAAAUCAUCUUUAAUCCGGGCCUUGUUUUCACUGUCUCCAGAAGUGGAGGUCAGAGUGUCAAAAACUCCGGGCCACACCAAGAAGAUGAAUUUCUUCAAAGUAGGGAAGUACUUUACUCUGGUGGAUAUGCCAGGAUACGGCUACCGCGCCCCGCAAGACUUUGUGGAGAUGGUGGAGGCCUACCUGCAGGAACGGCGCAACUUGAAGAGGACUUUUCUGUUAGUUGAUGGUGUAGUUGGACUCCAGAAAACAGAUCAUAUUGCAGUAGAGAUGCUGGAAGAGUUUGGAAUUCCUUAUGUGAUGGUGUUAACCAAAAUUGACCGAGCUGCCCGGGGACUGUUGUUAAAGAAUGUACUGGGGAUCCAGGAGUUUGUAAAGGAGAACACUCAGGGAUGCUUUCCUCAACUGUUCCUGGUCAGGGAGCCGAACUUGAGGCUCAUACCAAGGUGUACUGCACUGUGGGAGAUGUAACUGAACACAGCCAGU